AUGCCACAAGGAUUAUCUCCACAAGAUAGGCUUAGCUUUAUUCAAGAACAGUUAGAACAAGAGGAAAUACAGUUGGUUGACAACACCAAGUUGUUUACCUAUAAACAAUUGGAGAAUUUCUUUUAUAUUGCCUUUUUUAUGGGUCUUGUCAAACUCCCACGGGCGGAAGACCAUUGGAAUAGAAAGAGCCCUUUCCAUCCUCCAUCUGUUAUCCGCCCAUUAAUGUCAAGAAAAAGAUUUAAGUCCAUCCUCAAAUUCCUUCACUAUGACGAAGAUUCCGUCAUUCAAAUGAUUGAAAAAAAUUCAAACAACCACUAUAUCCCAUCAUUACGUUUAUCAAUCGAUGAAUAUAUGGCCCCUUAUAAAGGCUUGGUAAGGUUCAAGCAGUAUGAACCAGAUAAACCACACAAAUUUGGAUUAAAGUAUUUCGUUUUAUCUGACUCAAAUGGUUUUAUAUUGACCCAAUGGCUUUACAGAGGUAGUGAUGAAUCUACAACAAAAUCUGUAACAAUAGAUCCAUCUGUGGUUAGUUCUUUUCCACCAAAUAGUCCUCUUAAAAUCCCAAUCGAAUUUGCAGAGUGGGUCAGACAAAAAGUAGCUACAGAUGAUAGACCAUUGAGUCACUAUUUGUUUGCAAUGGAUAACUAUUACACAUCAUUACAAGUUGCCACUGUAUUAUCAAACUUUAGUCAAAACAUCAAUUCCAACAACGACGAUAACAAUCCCAACAAUAAGAUUCAUUAUGUAAUGACUGUAAGGUCCAUUAGACCAACGUACCUUUUCAAAGAUGGUUUAGGACGCAUGGUACAAAAGGACAACAAGAAAAAGUUGGCUGCUAUAGCAUUUCCAAAAGAAGACUCUGGUAUUCCCCAGGACAUUUGUGCCACCGCCAUCAAUGACAGCAAAGUAACAUAUUUUUUAUCAAAUGCCUGUAAUCCAUAUACAUUAAAAGAAGGAAAACUCACAAAGCUCGAUGUGCAGACUCAAUACAAUGCAACUACCCACGGAGUCGAUCUGUCAGGACAACUAUCAUCAAAUUGUCGGUCAUAUCCCCAUCGAAAAAGCAAAUACACACAUGUUAACAUAUUUGCGCAGUUGGAUCGUGCAAUAGUGAAUGCAUAUUGCAUCUUCAAAUCCCUUGAAGGCAAUAGCACAUACCGAUUUUGUGAUUUCACUCAAAACGUGGUAAGAGAUAAGCUUGGCUUGCAGGAGCCUAUUCAAAAACAAUUGGAACACUUGAAUCCAAUUACAUCAAAAGUAUUCCAGGAUCAAAGAGAUAGGAUUAAACAACUGGAACAAGAAUUGGCUACACAAUCCACAUACGUAACCAGUGGAAAUGGAGGCCAAUAUGCUCCCACUUCUGCUGCUGCUCCUCAAACUGUAGUCCACGCAUUGGUUCAAGGUGAUCUAAAUCCUUGUCAGUAUUGCAAAGUCCUUGAUGUAAAGCGUAGAACAAGAACCACCAAGACUUGUUGCCAAUGUAAAGUUAACUUUCACGAUGAAUGCUAUCUUAUAGCACAUCUCCCAGAAAACAAACUGCUUCUAUCGGCAAUAGUACAUCAACAUCAACAACAACGACAAGGAUAA